AUGGGUUGUGCUGCAACUAAAAGGUAGUAGCUUAAGGAUUCUUCAAAUCAAACCGCUCAACUUAAUUAAGCAUAAUAAAUAUAAUGUGAGGAACAAUCAAAAUUUCAAAUGACUAAAUCACCAUUAUCAAAUAGUUUAAGAGUAUCUUCUGUUAACAAUUCUAAACCAAUAUCAAAAAAAUAACAGAUUAAGAUAGAAAAACUAUUAUUUAGUAAAAAGAGAAACAUAAAUACUAACUUAUUUUAAUGCCCUGAAGAAGAAUAAGCAUAUUAGAGAACUAUAAUUCGACUUCUAGCUAAUUGA